AUGCGCCCGCCGCAGCGGGAGACUUGCGAUAAGCCUUCGCAACCAUCCCCACACCGAGUGACGUUCAGCAGAUUGCUCCAUAAACCCAACCAUUCUCGACGCGCAUCGCAAGCAUGGGACUUUAUCAGCUUCGCCCCGCCUCGGGUAAUCGCCAACCGGAUCAAGACUGGUCGUCUCAACAAGGACUGGGCAGUGGUCGACGUCAGAGACUCGGAUUUUAUCGGCGGUCACAUCCCAGGAUGUCACCACAUACCUUCUGAAAAUUUCCACGAGAAAUGUAAAGCGCUGAUCGAUGAGCUGAAAGACGUGAAAUGUGUGAUCUUCCAUUGUGCUCUCUCUCAGCAACGAGGACCGACGGCUGCCAAAUUAUAUGCGCAUCGGAGGGAAGACAAUCUGGUUUCGGGUUCGUUGAAGUCGUUGCUUCCAUUUGGGACAGAAGCUCAGGCUCGAGGGGAGGCACAAGAAGUGAUGAUAGUCCAGGGUGGAUUUAAAGAAUGGGCCGAAGAAUUCAAGGAUGAUCCGGCGCUCGUCGAAGGUUAUAAUCCGGCCCUGUGGUGA